CCAGCAGCGGCAACCGAAAAUACGCGAAGUGAAAUUCCGUCGAGUCUCGAAUUGAACGAAAGUUUUGUUGACAGAGCAAUUAAAACGAAAGAUUCAACUCUUGGAUACAUCGAGCAUCUAUUGUGGUUCAUUCAUUCAAUUGCAGUGUAACAGACUGUUCGCCAUGUUGGACCAACGCAAGCUCAACGCCUACCUGCUGCUCUCCAUUGUGGCCAGCAACUGCCUGCUGCUGACCUAUGCCUACCCCCAGCAAGAGGUCUAUCAGCGUCAACAACAGUUGUCCCAGUCACAGUCGCAGUCGCCAGUUUAUCGCCCCGAGAGCAGCGCUCGCAAGUUCGCUGUGAAACCGAAUGCCUCCAAGAAGGUGGCAUUGGAUGACAUCGAGGAGGACAUCGAUGGCAACCAGAUACAGGAGAGCAUCGGCGGUCCUGGUGGCUUCACAUGGUCCAACAUGCUGUCCACUGUGAUGACGAUGUUCUUCAACAAUGCAGCCAACGCACCAACCAAGUCCGACGAUGUCGACAGCUCAAUCGGACUCGGAGGCAGCCCCUGGGCCAAUGUGAUCUCGAUGGGUCUUCGCAUCAUUAACACACUUCUGGGCGGCGGAGCACCCAGCGAUGGCAUCGACAAGGUCGACAAUGGUGGCUCUCCCAUGCAGGGCAUCUUGGCGGCCGUGUUGUCGUCCGUGUUGGGCACCAGAGAUCCAGACCAAGUCAACUCGAUGGCCAAGCAAGCUGGCGAGUUCAUUCAGAUCGUGAUGAAUCUGCUCGACGCCCUGAAGACCUCCUUCUCACACCGCUCCCUCACAGCCCGCUCCAUGGGCAAACGUGACUCGGUCAGCGAUGCUGCCGUCGCUGGCAUUGCGCUGCUCAAGGGUUAUGUGCGCACCUACCGCAACUCGGAGGACAAGUGCAUGCAGCGCUACAUGUGUGAUGCGAACACCGAUUGUGUGCGCGAAAUCGGAGGCAGCAGCAUCUUCUGCCAACUGGGAUCUUAUGCUACCAGCUAUGCGCUGGGUCGCAGCAGCAACACCAGCUUCGAGCAUCUGUAUGAUGCUGGCCGUCGGGGGCGUUCCGGCUUCGAUUGUCGCCAGCUGUACCUGGAGUGCAAUGAGGUCUAGGUCUAGGUCCAAAGUGUGUGUUUAGCGCCAGUGACUUCCUCUUCUUCAGUGCUUAUGACUGGACUCCUUAAAGUAAAUUAAAUUAAUUUAUGUACGUGCUUACGUGAAACUAGUUUUUAGAUAUUUAUAUUAUUUAUUGAAAUCUUGUAUUUAUUUACAACAAUGUUGCGGAAUAUGCGUUGCUCAAAACU